UUGGGUGUGCCGCUUAUCCCGUCGUGAAGUGGGGGUUGCCAGUUCAGAGGCGACAAGUUGGCUUGGCCCGGCUGAGCUGCUCCCACUCCUCCACGGCCUCGCUUCGAACAGCUGCAGCAUCGUUUGAAGAAUGGCGCUGGCGAGAUUCAGCAAAAUACUCCGUCUGCCCACUCUUGAUAUAAAAAAGAAAGUCAAACAGUACGAGCACGUCCACCGGGACAUCAACCCAAGCGACCAGUGGGAGAUUGUGGGCGAACUGGGCGAUGGCGCGUUUGGAAAAGUCUACAAGGCCUGCAAUAAGGAGACCGGUGUUCUCGCUGCUGCCAAAGUUAUCCAGACCAAAUGUGAGGAAGAGCUCGAAGACUACAUGGUUGAGAUUGAAAUCCUGGCCAAAUGCGACCACCGCUACAUUGUCAAGCUGCUGGAUGCCUACUACUACAAUAACCAUCUCUGGAUCAUGAUAGAGUUCUGUCCAGGAGGAGCUGUGGAUGCCAUAAUGCUUGAGUUGGACCGAGGACUGACUGAGCCCCAGAUAAAAGUGGUCUGCCGACAGAUGUUGGAGGCUCUAGCCUACCUCCACAGCAUUAAGAUCAUCCACAGAGACUUGAAGGCCGGCAACAUCCUCCUCAUGCUGGAUGGGGACAUCAAACUAGCUGAUUUUGGUGUGUCUGCAAAAAACACCAAAACCCUCCAGAGAAGAGAUUCUUUCAUCGGCACACCAUAUUGGAUGGCCCCAGAGGUGGUCAUGUGUGAAACCAUGAAGGACGCGCCGUAUGACUACAAGGCCGACAUCUGGUCCCUCGGGAUUACACUGAUUGAACUUGCCCAGAUUGAACCUCCGCACCAUGACCUCAACCCCAUGAGGGUGCUGCUGAAGAUUGCCAAGUCAGAUCCUCCCGCCCUGGAACAACCCAACAAAUGGUCACAAGAGUUUAAACAUUUUCUGAGGAAAGCUUUGGAUAAGAACCCAGAGACCCGUCCCACUGCAGUCCAGCUCCUGGGGCACCCUUUCGUGAGCUCAGUUACGACGAACCGCCCGCUGAGGGAAUUGGUGGCUGAGGCCAAGGCUGAAGUCAUGGAGGAAAUAGAUGACAAUGGAGAGGAAGGAGAGGACGACGACGCAAUGGAGCUCACUGUGACCAGUCAGACCAGUUUGGAAGGAGACCAGUCUUCAGGCCCAUCCAGCCCCACGACAUCCGCACCGAUGUCACCCCAAUCUUUACUGGGGAAAGGAGCAGAGCCAGUAUCGGCAACAGAGGAGCAGCCGGAGGCAGUCACGGAGAUCCCUAUUCCAUUACCACGGCACAAUCUCCCCUCAAAGGAGCAGGGGGAUUUUGGAGAGAAGCUGGAGUCAGAGAAAUAUGAGAGCGGCGUGUCGAUCAAGACUUCAAGUUCAGACUCUGGGAUCGAGGAUGGGAAGACUACUCCCACAUCUGAGGAAGAAAAGGUGGCUGUGGAGGCGGAGCUGCUGCCGUCCCUCCCCCAAUCUGAUACAUCCGAGGAAAGCGCCGACUGUAUCGAGUCGCCACAGUUGCCCAGGAGCCAGGUGUCUCCAGACCAGGGCACACAAAUAGAGAAUGAACAAGCUACUACCGGCCCAACGCAGACCCCAGAAUUGAUUUCAGACGCUUCUUCUCCGGCACCUAGUUCCGGACCGAGCAGCAUCCUCAACAAGAUAAACACUGAUCGAGCAUCAAUGGGGUCCUCUCCUGAAACGGUCUCGCCAUACAUUAACGGUCGGGUCAACAGCACACGCUACUCGUACUCUGGCAGCAUGGAGACCGAGAGCAUGAAGAGCCUGUCUCUUAAUAAGGAGAGCUUCUCAGUAUCUGCAAGGGACUACUCGCGGAAGACUUUAAAGCGAACUAGGAAGUUUGUGGUUGAUGGUGUAGAGGUGAGCGUGACAACCUCGAAGAUCAUCAGGGACGAUGAGAAGAAAGAUGAGGAGAUGCGAUUCCUCAGGCGCCAGGAACUCCGUGAGCUGCGUUUGCUCCAGAAGGAGGAGCAGCGAGCACUGGCUCAGCUACAAGCCAAAUUGGAAACGCAGCGAGAACAAAUGCAAAAACGCUUCGAGCAGGAAAUGAAUGCCAAGAAGAAGUACUAUGAUGGGGAAAUGGAGAACCUGGAGAAGCAUCAGAAGCAGACUGUUGAGCGGAUGGAGACUGACCACCAAAGCAAACUCAAAGAAGAAGGCAAACGCAUCAAAGCAGACCAAAACCGUGACUAUCAGAGGUUCCAGGAUCAUCUCAAACACAAGAAAAAGGAGUUAAAACAAUCUGUCGACAAGCUGCCGAGAAAUGAGCGCAAAGAAAAAUUGAAACAACACAUGAGCUCCUUCCAAGAAUCAAAGCAAGUAGAGGAGGAACAAUUCCUGGCAGCCCAGAAGAACCACCUGGAAACUACCCUCAACCAAAUCAUCUUCAACAACAAGAAAGAGAUUGCCGAUACAGAGCGUGAUUGUCUCAGCAAGAAGCAGCAGCUCAUCAGAGAUCGGGAAUUUUCGAUGUGGGAGAUGGAGGAGCGGAACCUCUACGAGAGACACCAGCUACUAAAGCAGCAGCUCAAAGAUCAAUAUUUCCUCCAGAGGCAUCUACUUGUCAAAAAACAUGGCAAGGAGCGGGAACACAUGCAGCGCUACAAUCAGCGCAUGAUCGAGCUCCACAAAGCUCGGCAGCAGCAGGAGAAGAACCGCCUGCCCAAAAUCCAGCGCAAUGAAGCCAAAACGCGCUUGGCCAUGUUCAAGAAGAGCCUUCGCAUCAACUCGACAGGCAGCAGCUCAGAGGACAGGGAGAAGAUUAAGCAGUUUACCCAACAGGAGGACAAGCGUCAAAAGAACGAGAGGCUGCUCCAACAACAGAAGCACGAGAACCAGAUGAGGGAGAUGCACGGCGAGUGCGAGGGAAACAUCCGAGAGCUGCAGCAGCUGCAGAAUGAGAAGUGCCACAUGCUGGUCGAAAAUGAGACUCAGAGGCUCAAACAUCUUGAUGAGCAGCACAACCAGGUGCUGAAGGACUGGCGAGAGAAGCUGAAGCCAAGGAAGAUAGCACUCGAGGAGGAUCUGAUCAACAGGAGGAAGGAGCAGGACGCUUUCUUCAAGAUCACAGAUAUUGAAGACUUUCCGAGUCCCGGGGGAUCCGUUGGCAAACUCUCCAAGUUUGUGCCCUACCAGGACUCCUCCACUACAUAAGCGCCUGCCGCUGCGGCACUCACAAACACACACGCGCACACACUUUCUCAAAACUGUCUCAAAGUCACACCUACCUGCAAGGCACUUGUUUGCAUUGUUGGUCAUUGUUGCUUUUUGUUUUAUGCGUUUCUUAUCCUGGACUUUUUCUUUAGUACAUAAUCUUCACAUUGUUGGUUGAUCAAAGGCCACACCCCAUUUAUAGUUAAUAUUGAAGUGAGAAUAUAUUUUAUUCGGUAAAAGGGGAUAAUUUUUUUUAACACUUGUAAGAAGAGGGUUGUUUGAAAGGGCUGCCUUUUUUUUUUUUUUUUCCGAUGUAGAUUACAAAAUA